AUGAAAACAAACAUUAUUUCCAAAAGUCUGAUUAACAAAUUCACACAUUUGCAUAAUAACAAUGGGUUUAUAUUUUUUUUAAAAACAAAAGAAAGAACUGCUAACUAUUUAAUGCAUAUUAAGUCUAACUCUUUUUCAAAUAUUAGUCUAACAAAAAAAAAAAAAGCUAAUGUACAUAUACUAUAUAAUAAUGAACAUUCUAUAAAAUGUGAUACCAAAAAAAAGGAAUCCACAAUCGAUGGUAAAUUGGAUAAACAAAAAGAUACACUCUCAUUACGACCAUCAGAAAAAUGGAAAAAUGAAAUGGAAACAACAAAAUCCAACAAGUAUGAUAAUGAAAAAAUAAACCUAACAAAAUUAAAAAAAGAACUAUUAAAUGAACAAAAUGAUAUAUCCAAAAAUUGUCUACAAAAUGAAAUUAAAACCGAAUUAGAAAUUUUAGUUGAAAAAAUAAAAAAUUUGAAUGAAGAAUCUAAAAAUAAAAUAAUAAAUUAUAUUAACACAUUGGAUAAAGAACAUACUAAUGGAAUUGAAAAAAAUAUUAUUUUAUUUUUUGAAAACCUUGAUGAUUACUUAUCAGCAAACGGAUUAUUAAUAUGUGAUGUUGGGGGGGAUGAAAUAUUUAACUAUAUAAAAAAUAUUAACAUUCAAAUGGGGAUAGAUAAAAAUGAUACAUCAGACCACAUGAAUAUAAACAAUUUAUUUGACAUUAAAUGGAUUAAAGAAAAAAAGAAAAUAAUAUAUGGCGAUAACAUUUAUCCAAUCGUUCAAAAUGGGCAAGAAAUGGAAAAUGUGCAAGCAACCCCCCAAAACAAUUCGAACAAUUGCAAUAAUAUAAUAAACAUGAGAAGGCAAAUAUUAAUAGAAAGAUCAUCUUAUAAAAAAGCUAUUGAAGAAGCUGAAGAAUUUGUUUCAAAUUUACAUGAUUUAAAAAAAGUUACAGAAAUCCAAGGUUUAUGUAAAAUAUAUUUAAAUUGGGUUAAUGAAUUAGAAAAAAAAAUAAUUAAUUAUAAAGAAAAUAUAAAAAAAAACCAUCAUAAAAAAAAUAUAUUCCCAGAUUUAAUCGAAGAAAAGCUACUAGCUAUUAUAACAGUAAAAUGGACAAUUCAAUACACAUUUAAUCCACUAAAAAAAAAAUACUCAAAUGAAGUAACUACACAAUCUAAACACUUUGAACAAGAAUAUCCAUAUCAAUCUUUAUUUACACAUGUUGCUAUUAAAAUUGGAGAAGAAAUUAAUAAUGAACUAAAUUUCCAAUUACUUGAAAAAAAUAAUCUUUUAUAUAAUUUUAUUAAAAAAAACAAAUCGAAUGUCUCUUUUUCUCAUUUUCAAAAAUAUAAAAUGCUAAAUGAAAUAAAAGAAAAAUUGCAUGUUGAAAAUAAAACCCAAGCUAUUCAACCCAACACAGAAAUGUGUGCAAAUGAGGUAAAACCUGGUGAAAAAAAAGAAAAUUCCAAAACAAGUGAAAAUAAUAAUACCACUUCAAAUAAACCUUUUGAACUAAUUCAAUGGAAUUCAAUGAAAAAAGCAUCAAUCGGGGGUCUUUUAUUAAAAAUGCUAAUUGAUAAUGCUAAAAUCGACGUCGAUAUAAAUACAGCCAAAAAUGAAUAUAGAAAUGAAUAUAAAUAUUAUUUAUUUUUACAUAAGACAGCUAAAACUAUGGGCGAUGAUCUCUACUCAGAUUGUAAAUAUAAAAAAGAAUUAAAUUACCAGGAAUAUUAUGAACAUGAAUCUAAUUCUUUAAAUUUUAUUAUUCGGGAUAAAUGGAAAAAAGGAAAUGAGCUAGCUAAUUUUCUUGACGAUACUAGCCAAAAUGAAAAUGAAGAAAAAAAAAAAAAAAAAAAAAAAAAAACACACACACGAACAAGUAGCUACAACAAAUCCCACUAA